AUGGGUAACGCGAAAGAGAAUACAUAUACCGAAGGGGUUUGUGUAGUGCUUUGGCUUCACCCAUUGAACCCGUUAGAGCAAUACGCCCUCUUGGGGAUGAAGAUGGGUUACUGGGGACUCUCACCACGACGAGGUAGCACUACGGGAGAGUCGAAAGAUGUGAAUACAUGAAUUGUGUAUAAGAGACGGGAAGGGAGGGUUACAGGUGGCUCUCUUACGGCACUCCUCAAGGGUUGGUUACCUCAGCUCGUGUUGUCCGACACAAGAGCCAACCUGUGGUACCUAGUGUUGUUGUUUUUGUUGUUCCUAAGGAUAUGGACCAUUGGAGUAGUAAAGGAAGGAGUAUGGUGGUUGAGGACUUGCAAACAAGUGAAAUGGGAAAGAAGAGGAGACCUUAAGCGAAGAGACACUAUUGCCAUGUAUUGGUUAAUAUGAAACCCCCGUUUGAGGCAUGCGCCCGGUUGGCCAUUAAGAGGAGUUAGUGAGAAUUUUGCGCCGGACUACGUAGGACUAGUACCGACUAGAAAGAUAUGAAUAUAUGAGUGGCGUGGAACAGACAGUAAUGGACGUCCACAGGUGGCUCUCUUACGGCACUCCCCAAGGGUUGGUUACCUCAGCUCGUGUUCUCCGACACAAGAGCCAAUCUGUGGUAGCUAGUGUUGUUGUUUUUGUUGUUCCAAAGGUAUGGACCAUUGGAGUAGUAAAGGAAGAAGUAUGCUGGUUGAGGACUUGCAAACAAGUGAAAUGGGAAAAAAGAGGAGACCUUAAGCGAAGAGACAGUAUUGCCAUGUAUUGGUGAAUAUGAAACCCCCCUUUGAGGCAUGCGCCCUGUUGGCCAUGAAGAGGAGUUAGUGAGUAUUUUGCGCCGGACUACGUAGGACUAGUACCGACUAGAAAGAUAUGAAUAUAUGAGCGGCGUGAAACAGACAGUAAUGGACGUCCACAGGUGGCUCUCUUACGGCACUCCCCAAGGGUUGGUUACCUCAGCUCGUGUUCUCCGACACAAGAGCCAAUCUGUGGUAGCUAGUGUUGAUGUUUGUGUUGUUAUAAAGGAUAUAGACCAUUGGAGUAGCAAAGGAAUGAGGAUGGUGAUUGAGGACUUGCGAAACGGGAAAGAAGAGGAGAGUUGA